GCGACAGCGGGAGGAGCGCACCGCCCCGGGCUCCGGCUACCAGCAGUCCGGACUUCAGCUCGACGGUUCGGAGUUUUUACGCGGCCGCGGAGGGCUGACGCGGUCCAGGCAAAUCUUUGGAGCCGUGCAGAUCCGAAGCAGCUCUGUGAACGUCUGUGUUGUAGUUUUGUUUGGAUUUGUGCGAGUUCAGUUUGGAUCUAAUAACAGACGGACAGCCCGCCUCCUGAAGCGUGGAUCUGUGUGGAAACGCGUUGUGAGCUCGAGCCGCGCUAAGUGAGCGAUGAUUGGUUUGGAAAUGUCAGCGCCGCACACUCCAUCACCCCGGAGGGGCUGAAGCAAAGUAAGAAAACACCUGUUGUGAAAGUUUCCUGGAGCUUCUCACGGAUAAAGCCGAGCUGCUAAAAGGAGACGCGGGACGGAGCCGAGCCAGAGACGCGCAGGGAACGGAAUGCGAGUUUUACGCACGGAGCAGACGCAGAUCCCGAGUGAUAAUCUUCGCGGCGCUCCGUGUUGUGUGUGUGCAGCGAGCAUGUUGCCAUGGUGCCCCGGGCUCAGAUGAGCGGCGCGGCGGAGCUCCGUUCGGGAUGGCUCGGGAGGACGCGGUGAGGUGUCUGCGCUGCCUGCUGUACGCGCUCAACCUGCUGUUCUGGCUGAUGUCAGCAUGUGUGCUGGGAGUGGCCGCGUGGAUCAGGGACUCUCUGAACACCGUCCUGACCCUGACGGCCCACACCAGGUUGGAGGAAGCUGCUGUCCUCACGUAUUCUCCAGCUGUCCACCCCGUCGUCAUCGCUGUGUGCUGUUUUCUCAUCAUCGUGGCCAUGGUGGGAUACUGCGGGACGCUCAGAUGUAACCUGCUGCUUCUCUCCUGGUAUUUCGGCAGUCUGUUGGUGAUCUUCUGUGUGGAGCUGGCCAGUGCUGUUUGGACCUACGAGGAGCCCUCAGUGCAGCGCUCCGACAUGAUCAGCCUGAAGUCUCGGAUGCCGAAUUACGGCCUGCAGCGUUACCAGUGGCUCACACACACCUGGAACAGCUUCCAGACUGAGUUUAAAUGCUGCGGGGUGAUCUACUUCACUGACUGGCUGGAGAUGACGGAGAUGGAGUGGCCACCCGACUCCUGCUGCUCCAAUCAGUAUCCAGGCUGCGCUCGCCACGCCCACUACCAUGACCUCAGUGACCUUCACCAAGAGGGCUGCGGUCCAAAGAUCUACAGCUUUAUUCGUGGGACGAAGCAGCUGCAGGUGUUGCGUUUCCUCGGCGUGUCCAUCGGCGUGGCUCAGAUCCUCGCCAUGGCGCUCACCCUCACGCUGCUCUGGGCGCUUUAUUACGGACGUAAGGCCCCGGAGCUGGACUCGCCCGCAGCCCCGACACCGCCGGAUGAGCCUGCCCCCAUUGCGGCGGCACAGGGAGCCUCUGGCUGCGGCCGCUCAGUUAAAAUCUGCACCACCGUGGCUGCUGCCGCCAAACCGAAAGAGCAUCAGUUCGAGAUGGAGCGACUUCAUGCUGCGGCCUGAGGGCGGCCGAGGGACGAGCUGAGCUCGGUUUUCCUCGUCCAACACCUGCGAACAUUUACUCACCAAGGAAAGGAGGAUGGUUCACUCCCUCUGAUUCCUGACAUCAGGUCGGAUUUUAGAUCAUCCGAUCAUCCCACUGAGGGACAUCCCUGAGGUCAGCGCAAGGAUUUUUUCCUGGAUAUAAAGUUUAUGUCACAGUUACAGAGAAGCAUCUGCAGAAAUAUUCAGACUGUGUGGAACCCAAAGCGAGGACAUUGCUUUAUGACAGGGCUCUUCAACUCCAGGCCUCGAGGACCGGUGUCCUGCAGGUUUUAGAUGUGUCCCUGAUCCAACACACCUGAGUCCAAUAUAGAAGUCAUUAGCAGGACUCUGGAGAACUUGACUGCAGACUGAGGAGGUAAUUCAGCCAUUUGAUUCAGGUGUGCUGGAUCAGGGAUACAUCUAAAACCUGCAGGACACCGGCCCUCGAGGCCUGGCAUUGAGAACAACUGCUUUAUGAGAACUUAUGUUUCUGAUACCGAGGCUGCAGUCUGCUAAUGACCCAGGUUUACAACAGCAAUAAUAAUAAUAAUAAUAAUAAUAAUAAUGUAUUAUUUAGUUUGAGAGGUUUCUUUUAAUCAGGCACAGAUUUUAAUUUGAAAAACAGGUCAAAUAUUUUAUUUUGACAGUCUUGCUGUAUCACCUCCUCUCUAAGCCUCUCACAUUAGUAGCUGGUUUUAUUAUGGCACCACUGGAUUAUAUAUAAAAAGUUAUUAUUAUCAGACUGAUUUGUAGCUGAAGGCUCUGAAUGCGGAGCCUCUCCAGCUUCCUGUCUCAGCUCGAAGGCCGUCCCAGCGAGCCGCUCUAACAGGUGAACUCUGACCUCUGCUGAAGGACACACUGUGAGGUGCAGUAAAGUGAAGCUGUGACAAAGAGAAAAAGGUGGUUGAUGUGAAACAUCCUGAACUCUACAGAAAAUGUUCUUCGAGCUGAUGACAUCAUCUGUUUGAGGAAAUUCUCCUGUUUGGAUUUCUCACCUCUAAAGAGACGAAACAUCUGGACACAUCUGGCUGCUUUGAGACUCCAGAUGUGUUCCUGUGUGGUGACGGUCAGCUGUGUCAUUUCUGAGUAUUUAUGGAGCUCUUUCAGGGACUCUGCACUGUUUGAUGUCACAGGAAGUGUCUGUAUAUGAGAAGCUGUGCAUGGUGUUGGAUAUUUAAUAUUUGUCCCACAGUUAUGGAGCAUUUUCACUGGAAUAAAGACGACGUGUUUGAGACUGGCUCCUCAUCAUCACUCCUAACAGACACCAAAAAGUCAUGAAUUCACAUUUUUGCACGUUUUCCUAAAAUGAGGUUGAAACAUUUG